GUCCAGUAAUUCACGGAGACCUGAAAGGCCCGAAUGUGCUGGUGUCCACUGAUCGCCGGGCGUCACUGAGCGACUUCGGUCUUUCCACCCUAAACUUAUCUACUUUCAGCAUGACCAUCGAUACCAUCCGCGGAGGUUCGUGCCAUUGGAUGGCUCCUGAACUUCUAGAUGACUGCUCUGCGUCAAUGGCAAGUGACGUGUGGGCAUUUGGGAUGACGACUCUGUUGUUUACUCGAGCAGCGCCUUUCCGCGAUUGUCGUAAUCCAGGAAGUGUGUUUGGCAGGUUACUAAAGUGGAAACUACCACCUCGCCCUGCCGAGGAGUCAACGCAAUUCCGCCUGACAGAUACAUGGUGGAGGAUUUGCACAUCAUGCUGGACACGUGAUCCUUGGUCACGUCCCACAAUGAAGGAUAUAUUAGAGCAAGUCAAGGGUGCCAUCUUUCAAUCUUACUGUGACCGUGAUCUCCACCAUGUUCCUCCAGCGCUGGAGAAAGAAGGCCGUGACUGGUUCGUCGUAUUUAACCCAGAAGGGGACAAAGAUCGCGAACGGCUUGAACGCGACCGAGAACGGGAGUUGAGGGAUCGAGAGAGAGAUCAACGUGACAGAGGGCGUGAACGCCCUCCCGUUGGGAGUAGUGGUCCGAAGCGUAUUAAGACUGAGCGUAUGAAGAGUGACCGCCCAGAUCAUUAUAGCCCUUCUCUUGGUGCAGGGCCAACCAAACUACCAGCUCCAGGGGGCCCUCCCACCUAUCAUGGCCCUGUUUUACCUCCACCUCCAUCAAUACAUCCACCGUACGCCCCAGGACCUGGCAAUCCACCACCUGGUGGACCCUUAGAACCAACUCCCGGUGCCUCGAGCGCUGUGGCUCCUGCCGGUAGCACGAGUGGGAGUCAGUUUCCAGACGACCUUGACCCCGUCAAUGUCCCUCCAGAGUUCAAGAAGGAUGGCUCUGACUGGUUCGCUGUGUUUAGCCGAAAAACGAAACGAGUCCUCGAUGUGACCUUGGUGCAUACGCUUAUACAUGAGAGUGUCGUGUGUUGUGUGAGAUUUUCUGCUGAUGGCAAAUACCUUGCUACCGGCUGUAACCGGACCGCACAAAUCUGCGACACCAAAACUGGUCAAAAAACAUGCGUACUAAUUGAUGAGUCAGCUGGAAAGGCAGGAGACCUCUACAUCCGCAGUGUGUGCUUCAGCCCCGAUGGGAAGUACCUUGUUACUGGGGCUGAAGAUAAACUAAUACGCAUUUGGGAUAUUGCCAAAAAGUGUAUACGCAACGUUUUCGAUGGCCACCAGCAAGAAAUAUACUCGCUGGGUUUUUCACUCGAUGGUCGGUUCAUUGUAUCGGGAUCCGGCGACAAAACUGCGCGGAUCUGGGACAUGGUCGACGGGACCUCGAAGGUUUUGACCAUCAACGACCCAGACUCAUUGAAUAACGGUGCAGGUGUAACGUCCGUCGCCAUUUCUCCCAACGGACAGCUUGUUGCCGCUGGCAGCCUUGACACUGUUGUUCGUAUCUGGGAUGUUACCACAGGAGCAUUGGUCGAGCGCUUGAGGGGACACAGGGACAGCGUAUACAGCGUCGCAUUCACCCCAGACGGCAAAGGCUUAGUAAGCGGCAGCCUGGAUAAGACGUUGAAGUACUGGGACGUAAGCGGAUUGCUUACUGGAGGAAGCAAGCGAAAAGACGGAGUUGCAAAUGGAAAGAAAGACUUGGAGAAGACCAGCCAGUGUACCAUGAACUUCGUUGGCCAUACGGAUUAUGUGUUGUCCGUUGCCGUUUCCCACGAUGGGCAGUGGGUUGUCUCAGGGUCCAAAGACCGAGGCGUGCAGUUCUGGGAAGCACACUCGGCAAAUGUACAGUGUAUGCUUCAGGGACAUAAAAAUUCUGUAAUAUCGAUAGAUCUCAGCCCCGCGGGGAACGUGUUAGCUACUGGAAGUGGAGAUUGGCAGGCGCGGAUAUGGAGUUACCAAACCAUUUAGAAGGUCGGGACUUUCCGAAGUGGGUGAACCCGUUGCCAUCAACUUGUAUCGGUUCUUGUUCUUUCUUGCCCUGUAUCCCCUUCUGCCACUGUAUUAUAAUUUGCUCUCGAUUGUUAUAUCAUGUUACUGCGCACGAGCUGAUCAGUUAUUACUCGCCAAUGAAGAUGAAUGUUUUAUAUCCAGCAACUUUUGCUGGUCUGAAUG